AAGGUACAUCAUAGAUAUGGUACAAUUGGUUUGGGCCGAUUUUAUAACAGGUGUCAUUGGUAUAUUUGUUACUACGUAGGAGUUCAGCAUUAGAAUCUGAUAUUAAUGACUUAAUAGCAGCAAUGCUAUUCAGUAAUGCUACUAGUGGGUUCAAUUUCUAAUAUCAAAUCUCGGUUUGUGACUUUAUAUUUAUCUGUAUUUCCUAAGUUUACUAAAGGAAUCGCAUUAGGUGUUAAUCUUAGAUUCUGUUUUAUAUGUUCGGGAAUAAAAUGUUUAUGACAAAAACGAAUGUUUUCGCGUUUAGUAGGAGGAUAAUUUUGUAGAAAUGGACAUAACCUUAACCACUCUUCCCACCUUUUUUUAUUUGUGAACGGCACACUAUAAUAUUUAAUACCUCGGCCUCGAGUACUGCACCCGGGAACAGAGCACUUAUAAACCAUUAUAUUAUCAAAUAAACCAAACUAUACGAAGAAAACAAUUACACGUUUAAACUGGUAAACACUAAAUGAUUGCUUUUAUAAUAUAUUGUUUACAAAAACAUUCACACACAAUAAAGCACUAUAAUUAGAUAAUAAAUAGAUGAAAACCGCCUUCAAAUCAAAAUAGCGAAUUGCAACGGAAAAUUCAAUUUCAAAGCAGCGGUUAAAGGUUAAUCACAAUAAAAAAUGGCGCUACGCGUCGUUUCAAAAUCCGAGAUUAGAGACGCUUAUUUGCGAUCGAAUGACAGCUUAUACUAUAAUACACACACUAAUAAAGGACGUUGUGUAGAAGGAGACAUUUAAGGAACGAUUCAUUAAAUGUAUGGAAAAAUCGUGAAAAGUGAGAUAGCUGCUCAUCGCUAUUGUGUUACUUUUUUUCGCCGAGUUAAACGGGUCUGGUACUGUGCUCAGUGCUGUGUGGGCGUAUAAAUUUUAUUGAAAAUAAAUCAAUUUUACAGAAAGAGUGAAAAUAAAAAUCCUUUCGUGGCAUGGAAAAAAUCUGUUACGUAGUUAGUAGUUGUUUUUGAAAAUAAACAUGUAGGAAGAUGUUCGCGGAUAUAAAGAAAAGGAUUUUAAAAAUUGAUUUACAGUGUGUAAUCCCAUUAUAAAAUAAAGCACAAUUUUUUUCUUACAAUCAAAUCAAAAUGCUGUUAGUUGCGUAAACAAAAGAGUUUUAAAAAUCAUUUAUAAUGAACCUAAUGCGCAAAUUGCGUGGGGCGACUUCUUCGGCAUCUUCGGAGAAUGUCGAAGGGUCCAAUUCGUCUCACGUACAGCUUGGACUCAUGCAUCUCAAGAAGCUAUUUGCAGAAUAUACUCAUCCGCCCCAGCCGCUUACAGAUGCUGAAAAAGAUGACAAACUGUACAAUAUGCUGCCUCUGUUUUGUAAGGUGUUUGGUACUAGUCCUUCUAGUGAAAUGAAUGAAAAGUUUUGGGACAUAUUAUCAUUCUGCCAGCAAGUAUCAAAGCUAAUGGUGUCUGAGAUACGAAAGAGAGCUAGCAACCAAAGCACUGAAGCUGCCAGCUGUGCUAUAGCAAAAUUUCUAGAAAUAGAAAAUUCUGAAGAGUCUAGUAAUGGAUGGAUGUUGUUGUCAACAUUAAAUCUCUUAGCAGCUGGUGAUCAGUCAUUGAUACAGGUCAUGACAACUGCAGCAAUACCUUCAACAUUAGUGAAAUGCUUAUAUUUAUUCUUUGAUCUCCCUGAAAUACCUGAAUCUGAGGCAGAUGUACAAGAUGGUAAUAGUGACUUUACACCUAGAGAAAGGAGAAUUUUAUUGCAGAAGAUAUUUGUACAGGUUCUUGUUAGAUUAUGCAGUCAUCCGUUUCCGUGCGAGGAAUUGGCUAGAAAAGAUGAUCUCACUUUACUAUUUUCUGCCAUAACGUCGUGGUGCGCCUCGCACAACAUCAUGUGGAGGAAAUCUGCCGCUGAAGUAUUAAUGACUCUGUCUAGACAUGGCCUGACACAGUCUGUUGUACAAUACAUACAUAAUAAAGGAUGUGUUGCAUUAUGCAUAGAAAAUAUGCAGAGGAUACCAGAGUUGACUCCUUUGGAGGUUGUCGAGAUGUUUGUGGCGGUGUUCUGUUUCCUAAAGGAUUCCAGUGAAGUUAGUCAAUUAUUGUUGGAUGAUUUCCGCUCAUGUCAAGGAUAUUUAUUUCUAUCGGAGUUUCUGUUAAAACACGAAACUCAAGGUGUGCCUGAUUUUUUGACCUCAGGACUGGAGGAGGAGCGCGUGAGCGGGUCGGAGGGCCGCGCGGCGCUGCGCAACCUGGUGCUGAUGAUCUCGUCGCUGUGCGCGUGCGGCUUCUCGGAGCUGCGCCCCACGCGCGCCAACACCGAGCUGUUCCAGCUGCAGGGCUUCGUGCUGCCGCAGCCCUCCACGCCCGGCCAGGCCGUCAGGAACGUACAGGCCUUCCAGGUUUUACAAUCGGUGUUUAUGAAAUCGAAUUCUCCAGCACUUUGCUGCACCAUAUUAGAUGCUAUAUCUAGCGUAUACCAUGCAGACAAUGCUAACUAUUUUAUACUGGAAAAUCAAAAUACUCUCAGUCAAUUCUCAGAGCGGAUCUAUACCAAAAACGCUGAAAUUCAAGAGAAAUUCUUUGAAUUGCUUGAAUUUAUUGUAUUUCAACUAAAUUUUGUUCCUUGUAAAGAAUUGAUCUCACUCUCUCUAUUAUUAAAAGCUAAUAGAUCAAGAAGUUGCAGUAUCUUGUGUAUGAAAACACUUCUGAACAUUUUAAAGCAUAACACGAUUUUCAAAGACGUAUACCGAGAAGUGGGUAUGCUCGAAGUGUUUGUCACGUGCCUUUCCCGAUACGCGGCGUAUCUAAAAGACAAACAACUUCAAGACGAGGAAAAAGCUAAAUCGACGCCCGAAGCGACAACCAGCGAAGCGGCACCGAACGAAUCACCAAAAGCGCCUGAACGAAAGAAAAAAUUGGGAAGAACGGAUUCCCUCAUCAGAGAUCCUAAUGUAGACACUGAAGAAGAGGAACUUGGGGCUUUAGUGAUGGAAGGACUGACAGCACUACUGAAUGGUAACACGAAUAACUGUAACGUGUUCAGAGAUUGUGGCGGUGCUAAAUGUGUUCACGGUAUGGUUGUAUAUGAGUCUUGUAGAAGCAAAGCCUUAGGGGUGGUAAGAGAGCUGAUAGUAAGUGGUUCGGGAGAGGAAGACAUGUCCACUCUACUCUGCGGCAUGCACGCGGCGCCAAACGAUGCGCUGCGUCUCAAACUACACAUACUCAAAGCGCUGCUGGCCUGUCUGCGGGACUCUCAUCGGACAAGAACCAUAUUUAGGAAAGUGAGCGGUUUUGUGUAUGUCACCAGUGUACUAAUAUCAUUGGAAGGCAAAUUGAAAGGAGACGAGAUAAUGGACCGCGACAUGUUGCAGUUGAUACAUAUCGUGUUCUAUACUAUCAGCACUGCGAUGAGAUUCGAACCGGCUAAUGCGAAGUUUUUUCACCAUGAGAUAUGCAUGACAACGCUUUGCGACACUAUACGCCUUUUGGGCUGUUUCUCAGACGAUAGGGAGUUGCAAAACGAUACGGAAGCCGGCGACACCGAGCUAUACGAAGUGUUUCAUGAAGUUUUUACUGGAAAUAUUUUAGAAAUGACUUUUCCCGAUAAUGUCCCGGUGGUGUUUAUUCAUGCCUGCAUCGUGUUACGCCUUUUGUACGAUGUCGCGUUGGAUUCCUUUGAUAAGCCGACAUUCUGUGGAUCUUUGAAUGUUAAGUCUCCUAGUUUGACCAGGCAGAGUUCAGCAAUUAAUGAAUCGAAGCCAGCGGGUCGCAUCGCCCCGCUCAACCUGAGCGUGGGCUCGAACAACGGCGAGGCGUGGGUGAUCCACUCGGGCGUCGUCAUCGUGCUCGCCAAGCUGCUGCCCGCGCUGCCGCGCCCGCACGAGCACGAGGCGCAUGCGCGCGCGCUCCGGGACUAUCUUGCUCACGUGCUCAAGAGUCUUGUUAGAAGCGAACGCAACCAGCAGGUGAUGUGCGGCGCGGGGCUGGCGGGCGCGGUGCUGGGCGUGUGCGGCGCGGCGCUGCGCAGCGAGCGGCACCCGCUGCACGCGCCCGCCAUGUACGUGCUCGAGCGACUCGCCGCGCACGCGCUCAGGCCCAUCGAGCUCAGAGAAUUCUUACGGAUGGGGAAUCCAUUAAACUGCGUUGCUCCUGAACCAGGCCAGCCCUGCAAACCUGGCGGACCUGUGCCUCUUACCAGAAUCAAAACAUUAGUGUCCAUGACAACGCCAAGGGAUUACAGAUCACAAAAUUCCUGCACUUUACCACCAUUCGUCGAAUUUGACAUGUCUGCGGAAGGGUUUGGAUGUCUGUAUAUGCCGAGUAUAGCACCGCAGUCAGCAAACUUAAAUGCUAUUGGGACCCAAGAUAAUGCUACGUUGGGCGGGAUUGGCUCAGGUGACAGAGUGUUCCCCCCGCAAACUGGACUGAGUUAUUCAACAUGGAUCUGCGUAGAGAAAUACUCGGACCCGCGCACGGACCCUCACUGCGUGCGUCUCUUAACAUUAGUGCGAAACAUCAACAACACGCGCGACGAACACCUUGUCUGCUUGACUAUGGUGCUCUCGGCCAGAGACAAGGCUAUCAUUGUUUCCACACAGGAGACUUUGGUACCGCAUAACGUAGGUGAAUGGGAGCCGGAGGGCUCGGGCGAGUGCGGGGCGCGCGUGUGGUGCCCCGACCUGCAGCACGAGGGCCAGUGGCAUCACCUGGCGCUCGUGCUCAACCGCGCUGUGCUCAAGAACUCAUCCUUCUCGCUGUAUUUGGACGGUCAGCACAUGCAUUCUGGCAAGCUGCACUACGUGAGCGCGAACCCGGGCGGCGGCGCGGCGACGCUGUCGGGCGCGUCGAGCGUGUACUGCGUGCUGGGCACGCCGCCGCAGUGGCGCCGCUACUCGCGCCUGCUGUGGCGCCAGGGACCCGCGCUGCUGCUGGAGGAUGUACUGUCUGCGCAAACCGUUUCAAUAAUAUAUCAACUCGGACCGCACUACGUGGGCACGUUGCAAGCGCCGUUACCUCCGGGACAGUAUAUGGAACCUUUAGCCCCUUUAGUGCCCGAAGAAAAGGUGGUAUUUGGCAUCAACGCGCGCGCCAUGUCCCAGCUGACGUUAGCAAAGAUAAGGAAAGUUUACAGCAAGAAUGACAACAAAGCGAUUGCAAAGCAGUUGGGAAUGUCUUCACAUGAAAAUGCUACUCCUAUAAGGAUUUUACACAAUUCGGCUGGCCAUUUAAUGGGACCUGCACGAUGCUUGGGCGGCACUGUUGUUGGCUAUUUGGGUGUUAGAGUAUUUUGCUCUAAACCAGCUGCUAUUAUGAUCGAUACAGUGGGUGGCUGCUCAGUACUUCUAGGCCUAAUUGCAAUGGCCCAAGACGUGGAAUGUUUAUACGCAGGCGUGAAGGCGCUUGUGUGCGUCGUGCGCUCGAAUAAGUCGGCGCAGGCCGAGAUGGACCGGCGGAAAGGAUACCAGACCCUCGCCAUGUUGCUGAAGAGAAAGAAACAAUUGCUCAACUCGCAUAUACUUCAUCUCAUAUUUGGUUUGGUCGGCACGGUGGAUAGUCAGAAGGAAACUUCUUCGAUACCCAAUCUGACUGCAUUCCAGGAUUUAAUAUGUGAAUUAGACGUGUGGCUUGGCGCUCCGGGUGGACUCAUAAAAUCACUUUUGGAACAUUUACUAGAACUUGCGACUGAAACAGCGCACAGAACGCACAACCUACGCACAAUGAGAGAAUUGCAAUUAGUUUCCAAGCUGCUCUAUAUUAUAAACGAUGUGAAAGUCGUUAGCACAAAGAACGUACUUAUACAAUUAUUGGCGGCUUUAUUGGGGGGGCAACCGCGGCCGAGUGACUUACUAUGCUUAGGCCAAUUUAUGGCCUUCACAUUACCCCUGCCGUCACAGACUGAAAAAGGCGUGAAUCUCAAAGAGAGUGAUUGUGAGAAGGAGUCUGAAGGUGAACAGAUAAUACUUCGCAACAAAUGUUUCAACGUGAUACAUGGCUUGUUGUUCACUGUGCGCAAUCUAGUCAACACCAUCGUUUGUGAGGAGAUAUCUAGAGUGUUAGGCAUGGACUGGCUACUGAGUUUCAUGCAGGAGAAUGUCCACCACACAACGGUUUUGUGGGCUUUGAGGAUACUCGUGAUACUUUGCUCGGGACAAGGGCAACAAUCUGCGAUUAUGCAAAGAUUUCGCGAAGGUGCAGGCAAUGGUGGAUGGUUGCGCCAUACAGAGAUGAUCGCAACGCCACAGCAGGCGGGCGUCGUGCUCACAGCGGCCGUGCACUCGCAGUCACAUUUACAUACCGCUUUGCUGCAUACGUCAGGAUUUACACUACUUGCCUGGUUGAUACUGUCGCACCUGCAAAUCCCGGAGGUGUACUACCUGCUGUUCGGGCUGAGCCUGGGGCAGCCGAUGCGCGCGCUGAGUGCGGAGCGCGCGGUGUCGGUGGAGCGCGUGUGGGCGGCGGCGUGGGGCGCGGCGGCGCCGGCGCGCCAGUCCAGCGCCGCGCUCGCCGCGCGCAUCACGCUGUGCCCCGAGGCCGUGGUCAUCCUGCUGGCCGCCGCGCGCGCGCUCGUGCACGACCGCGCCGGCCUGCCCGACUGGCUCACCGAACACCCUGUCGCUAUCGUGCAGGUACUAUUCUCAUUGUACAAUACGCUACCUGAUUUCGUGGCUAUCAUGAUGACAGCAGAAGUCCUGACUGCGUUAGCAUCGAUACUGUUUCCACCUAACUCAUCAGAUGAUAUCCAUAUGCCAAUAUGCGAGAGUGGUGAGAGCUCAGGUGCGUCGACUCCCGGCUCGGAGCGAGAGGUGGCGCUAGUGGGGUCUGCGGCGGCGCUCACCAGCCACCCGGUGCGGCAAGGCGUCAUGGACUUCCUCCGCGUCAUAGUCCUCGACUCUCUGCCGCUUAACGUCACUGGGAAGACCGCGCCGAACGCCGAUAGCGCCACUGACUCAGUGCCCCCGUCAAUGUUUUGUACGCCCUGUAGCCCCUGCUCCGCUCCAGGGAGAUCAUACUUUUAUUGCGUAAUCGAUUUAGUAUUAGAUGCAUCUCCACAAAAUUCUACCAGCCAGCAACAAAUUGAGUACCAAACAGAGGUUUUGACGACUUUGAUGGAGAAUUUACUGAAUACUGAAUUGUUUGGAUCGGAGUCUAAUAUAUCGAAUGUAUGUUAUUUGGCCGCGAGGCUUGUCGAUAAACUAUGGCAAGGCCAACUAUCAAGAGAUCCUCACGAAGUUUUCGACUUUAUCGUCAAGUUAAUAACGCAAGCUAAGAAGAAAUCGUCCGUGAUAUCCCUGGAGGGACUGCACCAUUGUUUGAACAGAACAAUAUUGUUUUUGUUGUCGCGCUCCACUGAUUCUAUCGCUGAUCAAAUGUCGGUAUUAGAGGCAUUACAUAAAUUGACAACAAACAGAUUGCUAAUAUUCGGCGCUGGUAAUCAUGAGCUAGAAUUCAUUGGUUGUCUGACAUACUGUCUGUUGCAACUGAGCGCUAACAUGAAGAUAGCCCUUGACUCGCACAUGCGCACCACUUGGCACGUAAAUCCUAGCGGCGACUUAGAAUCCAGAGACGACAGGCUUACCACGCAUCAAGGUCGAAACCUAAUGGCUGGUGCAGCUCGGCGUGUAUGGGAGGAACUGUACGCGUGCAAAAAGCCCGCAAUAGAGGAAGUGUUUAAAAUGACGCUAGUACCGCCCAUAGGUAACGCUCGGGCACCCGACCUCACUGCAGUCAGAGAACAACUUAAUGAGAGCGCACAUAAACUGUGGAUUACGUACAUUGAUACUGAGAGAAAGGCUAUAUACAGGGUGCCCUGGGAGUUACACAAUCAAAUCCAGUCAAAGAUACAGAAAGUGACGGGAGGUUUGACCAGAUUAGCGUCUCGCACUAAAGUAAAGAAGGAGGACUCUGCGAAACAGAGGUCGAACCCGCCUCGCGACCACGCUCUCGCUUACAUGCAGGACCAUGUACAACUCGUGAGACAAGCGUGGUCGGCGAUGUGGAGCGCGGCGAGCAACACGGUGGCGCACACGACGCGCUACGUGCAGGCGGAGUGGGCGGGCGCCUGGCGCGAGCUCACGCGCGAGCGCGCGCUGUGGGGCCCGCCGCGCGCGCACGCGCUGCACAAGUGGGCGCUCGACUGCACCGAGGGGCCCUGCCGCAUGCGCAAGAUGCUGCGCCGCAACCACCUCUUCUACCUGCACUACCCCUACCGCCCCGACCUCGACCACCCCGACAACAAACAACUAAAAUAUAAAGUGGCACAAAGCUUAGACAGCAAGGAAUAUUACCGCGUGUAUCAACAAUGGCGGACCGCUGGCAGCUAUCUCGGAGAAGCCGACGGCUUAGAGGCUUCCGACCUUCACGAGUAUGAAGAACAAGCUGCCAAUAACAGUCAAGCAACGUCCUUAGAUGUAACAAAUGAAGAUGGUUCUCCCUCAGAUUUAGUGAGUAGUGGAGUUGUUAGUCGCGGCACUAAUCAGAGUUCUAGUGAAGCCAAUGAAGACGGGCCUGAUAAUGAGGAUGAAGAUGAGCAACAGACGCCACCUCCCGAUAAUCAAACACUUUUGAGAUUAUUAGAACAUCAUGAGAAGAUAUCUCACAUGUUCCGAUGUGCAAGAAUACAAGGUCUGGACACAACAGAAGGAUUACUGCUAUUUGGCCGCGAACAUUGCUACGUCAUUGACGGCUUCACGCUGCUGAAGAACAGAGAGAUUCGGGACCUUGAUAGUUGCCCGGACGACUACGAACCGAUACUCCCCAGCCAAGGAAUCCAAAGAAGCAAUCAGAGACAAUGUUCCAAAUUUUUGUAUGAAGAUAUAAGAGAAGUCCACAAGAGAAGAUAUUUAUUGCAACCCAUAGCGUUGGAAGUAUUUUCAAGCGAUGGCAGGAAUUACUUGCUUGCUUUUCCAAGAAAAGUGAGAAACAAGGUGUACAGCCGGUUCACGGCGCUGGCGACGGGCAUGGCGGACAGCGCGGCGGGGUCGGUGGCGGGGCAGAAGCGCGGCGUCGCCGUGGAGCAACCCGGCGGACUGCUCGCCACGCUCAUCGGAGACACCUCUGUCACGCAGCGGUGGCUCCGUGGUGAAAUAUCAAACUUCCAAUACUUAAUGCACCUUAACACACUUGCCGGAAGAUCCUACAAUGAUCUGAUGCAGUACCCUGUCUUCCCCUGGAUACUCGCUGAUUACGACUCCCUGGAACUGGACCUUAACGACCCGGCUACGUUCCGCGACCUCACCAAACCCAUGGGCGCUCAGAGUCCUGAUAGAUUAGAGCAGUUUAGGAAAAGAUACAAGGAAUGGGACGACCCUCAUGGCGAAACGCCUCCGUACCACUACGGAACUCAUUACUCGUCCGCUAUGAUCGUGUGCUCUUACUUAGUGCGGAUGGAGCCUUUCACGCAACACUUCUUGAGAUUACAAGGCGGACAUUUCGACUUGGCUGAUAGAAUGUUCCAUUCGAUAAAGGAAGCAUGGAAUUCCGCAUCGCGACACAACAUGGCGGAUGUGAAGGAACUAAUACCCGAAUUCUUUUAUUUGCCAGAAUUUUUACUAAAUUCCAACAAUUUUGACCUCGGCUGCAAGCAGUCGGGCGUGGCGCUGGGCGACGCCGUGCUGCCGCCCUGGGCGCGCGGCGACCCGCGCGAGUUCAUCCGCCUGCACCGCGCCGCGCUCGAGUCCGACUACGUGUCGCACCGCCUGCACCACUGGAUCGACCUCGUGUUCGGCUACAAGCAGCAGGGCCAGCCCGCCGUCGACGCCUGCAACGUCUUCCAUCACCUCUUCUACGAGGGGAAUGUCGACAUUUACAACAUUGAUGACCCAUUGAAGAAAAACGCGACCAUCGGUUUCAUAAAUAACUUCGGCCAAAUACCAAAGCAGUUGUUCAAGAAAGCUCACCCGAGCAAGAAGAUGUCUCAACGGAGCUCAACCAUUCUGGACCCAAACAAUAUUAUACCAUCACAAGGUAUAACUCCACCUGAGAAGUUAUUCUUCCAUAAUUUGGAUAACUUGAGGCCAUCACUGCAGCCCGUGAAAGAGGUUAAAGGUCCCGUAGGUCAAAUUCUGUACACAGACAAGGCCAUUCUGGCAGUAGAACAAAACAAGGUGCUAAUGCCUCCGUCAUACAACAAGUACGUGGCGUGGGGCUUCGCGGACCACUCACUUAGGAUCGGGAACUACGAUAACGAUAAAGCUGUUUUCGUCUGUGAGACUGUGGCGCAAGCUUGCGGAGAAAUCGUGACGUGUGUGUGUCCGUCGGCUAAGACUAUUGUCACUGCUGGAACUAGCACGGUGGUGACGGUGUGGCAGUACUGGGCGCGGCGUCGUCGACUCGCAGUUAAAGUGUGUCUGUACGGGCACGAGGAGGCGGUCACGUGCUUGGCAGCGAGUCCCGCCUACAACCUGGUGGUGAGCGGCAGCAGGGACGGGCAGGCCAUCGUGUGGGACGUAGAACGCGGCACGUUCGUGCGACAGCUCGUCCCAACGCAUAAAUACGGCCCGCCGCCGCCCAUCUCCGCCUUGGCUAUUGAUGAUCUCACUGGCGACAUAGCGACGUGCCGUGGCAGCUGGCUGUACGCGUGGUCCAUCAACGGCACGCUGCUGGGCGCCGUGGACACGGCCGGCGGGCGCCAGCGCUCCACGCAGGUGCUGUGCGUCGCCUUCAGCCAGACGCGCGAGUGGGACCCGCUCAACGUCAUCAUCACUGGGUCCUCUGACGGCGUUGUCAGGAUGUGGUCUAUAGACUAUAUAGCUGAAACGGCAGAAGACCAAUCAGAGAGUCUAGACGUCGGAACCAUUGAUCCUAGUACAAGUUCAAUGGAAGAUAAAGAUAAAGAAGAGACAACAAUACCAACUCAGGAGAGUGAAGACUUGAAGACAGAAAGUGAAGAUAUAAUAGAAAAUAAACCAAAGACUGAAGUUGAGUCCAGUGAAACUGAAGCAGCUAUCAAACGGGUGGAAGAAUUAGUCAAACAGAUGAGUCUUUCACAGGAGAAUGAAGGCAAUCUUACAAAAUCGGGCUCCGAAAGUUCGCUAUCAGAUGCUUGUGAAACAAGCGCUAAAGAAUCCGCUCGAAGACAUGAUGAAAAAGACAUUUGCAGUGACAAUGAAGAACAAGCGUAUGCCGAUCAAAAAGAGGAGACUAUCGACUCUUGUGAUGAAGUUAAACAAGAGUAUGACAAUGAAAAAGACAUGGAAAGCGAAAAAGAGAACAUUACGCAUAGAAGUAAACUACAGAAGCAAGGAAACGUCGUGUUGCGACGGAAGUCUAAGGCGAACCCACUAUAUAGGAAAAGCGGUGGCAGCGUCGUUGAGUCGAGCGAGUCGAGUUCGAUGGAGGCGGCGGGCGCAGGCGAGGCGGGCGUGUCGGGCGCCGGCGGCGAGGAAGGGGGGCUGCGAGCCAGCAAGUCCGACACCAGCCUCACUGACUCCUUCGUGCUUGUCUCCGCCCCCACCUCGCCCGCGCACAAGCCGCAGAAACCGCAACCAAAGAUCAAUUCAGCUACGGAUGCCGGCGCGGCGUUGAGCACGCGCUGGGUGCGGCGGCUGGUGCUGCGCGGCAAGCUGACGAUGCACACGGCGUACGAGCGCCGCGACAACGCCAGCCCCGCCGCCGUCACCGCCGCCGGCGCCGCGCGCUCCGGCCGCGGGCUCGCCGUCGGGGACGCGCGCGGACGGAUAUUCCGAUGGUCGGCACCUGAUAUGUCGAGUGCAUCCGGUGCCAAAGGAGGUCCCGCUGAUCAUUGGAUUCGAGAUGACACAGCGCCUCAUUGUUCGCAGUGUCAGGUGCGGUUCACGGCGCUGGAGCGGCGGCACCACUGCCGCGAGUGCGGCGCGGUGUUCUGCGGGCGCUGCUCGCGGUACGAGGCGCCCGUGCGGCGCCUGCGCGCGCUGCGGCCCGUGCGCGUGUGCCAGCGCUGCCACGACAACAUACACCAACAGAAAGACUAACCCGCUGGCGGAGUAACUACACCGUAAAGGCCCGUGGCAAAUUCUAAUGGGGACCCUCAUCAGUACUGCUAGAUAUUUUUAGUCUCCCUUUGGCCCACUUUCAUUGGCGUAGAGGUCUCAUCAAGCCGGAGACCCGUGGCAUUUCGCCAGUCAUGCCACGCUUUUGUUACGCCUCUGUAACCCGCCUGCCAUCACUCUUACACUAAUAUUAACAACAUAUGCAUCUUCUGUUGAUUUUUUACAGCGAUAAAAGUUGAAACUAGUACGCUUCUAUUUAACAUUGAUGUACAUGACCAAAAUUUGUUAAGUUUCAUAACAUCUUACAGCGUGUCUGUCAACGAUAAAUAAUAUGUAUAUUGCCUGAACCGACAAAGAAUGAAAAAUCAAUCAAUUUAUAAGGUAUCAUAGUGCUUUUAUUUUAUUUUUUUCACACGUUUUAUUACUAAGGCUGUAUCUGUAAAAUUCUUUAUUUUUUUCAUGAGAAAAUACGGUUAAUAUUUUUUUUUACCACUAAUCAGCUCUCUAGCACUAAACACGAAUGGAAAUUAAAAGCUCACGGCGACAACGUUUAAUGAAUUUCAGUCUUGCCUAUGUUCGCCAAAGAAUAACGAGGCAAUAAUUAACUUUACUUCAUCCCUUUUUUGACACGAGUUUGUGUUCCUACCAAUGCUAUUAGAUCACAUUAACUACUUAAGGCAAGAAAUCAAAAAUUUUCAUAUUAUCUAUCAAUAUAAAUUGUUUUUUUUUUUUAAAAAACUCUUAUAUUAGCAAGUCAUGGAUGAAAAGAAAUUUAGUCUUGCUAUUAUAAAACGAAAUAAAUUUACACGGAGGAAGAUCAAUAUAUUGCAUUUGUCUAUACAUUAUUUUUCUUAACUAUAUUUAUCAAAUCUAAUAUACCUACUAAAAUCAUUCACCUUACUAAUGAAAUCAUUUGAACUAAUUUAUCGAUUUAUUCAACAAUCGAAUGAAAGGCGUUUCACCCGACUUCUUCAUUUUUAUCAAAUAAACAAAAUAUGUUAUUAAAAUGAUUUAUGACAAUCAUACAACCUGAUGGAACAACAAAAUGUAAUUCAAAUCAAUAUAUUAUUAUAAGAUAUGAAUAUCGAGUAUCUGCUGUAUUGAGUUCGUCAUAAUGAAAUUAUUUAUGUACGUUUGUAUGCGUAAUUGUGGGUCUAGUCAUGGUUUUAUCGAUCAAAUAAUAAAAAAAUGAAAUUUCAACAACCAUUGCAUAUUGCGAAUAAGUACAAUAAAUUGGUUGCAAAUUUAAAUUCCUAGUGUUAUCCAUAAAUAGAUGGCUCUUAUAAUCAACAUCUACAGCAUGCAUAAUUAAAUGUACUCGGCUACGAUUAAGGCAAAACUAGCUUACAUAUACCUAAAACAAUCUCGUAGAAAAACAUAUAUGAUGUUACAAAAGACAAACAUACGUCUAUCAUUUUUGUAAUCGAUAUUUAUUAGAAUUAUGCAUUUAGAUGAUACCGACGCAGCAGCUAAUAGAAUAGGUAAGAGGAUAUAAGAUGUAAAACGUAUUUUUAUUUAAGUUUAAAAGUUGUUUUGAAGCAUCGCUUGCAAGUUGCACCAAAGUAUACUGUUACUAUUUAUUUCUAAAUGUUUAUAAUAUCGGCUUGUUGUGUUGCACGUUUGCUAGUGCUAUAUAAACUAAAUAUAUAUUUUAUUAAAUGAACAGUAUUAAUAAAAUAAGAAAAAAUAUUAUUGUUAAUUUUAUUUAUUAUAAAUUUGUAAUCUCCAAUGUUUUCAAGCGUAUUAUAAGAAAACUAUUUGUAUUUAUCGACUUUAUCAUAAAUCGUGUGUCCAUAUUAUAUAAGUAUAUGUACAUUUUAUUGCAACUAGUUUGGCGCAUCGGUAAUAUUAGUACUUAGUAAUUUUCGAACGACCGCUAAAACCCAAAAAAACUAAUACUAUGGUCUUAUUACCUACAUUAAUAUAUUAUUGUUGUUGCACCCUGUAUGCAACUCCAUAUUUCAGGACGUACCAACGAUUGCCGAAGCGUCAAGUUAGUAACGAUAGACUGUAAUUGUUUGUAUUUAUUUACAAAGUCGAAUCCUGCGAUCCUUUUCAAAUGAUAUUAGGGAAUUGUGAUAUAAUUUUUAGUUUCAAAAGUAGUCGAAUUGAAAUUUUUAAGUUUUAUCAAAUUCAUUCCAAUUGCUAUGGAAUUUCAUUUGAACGUAAGUACUAGUCAUAUUUUUGUAUCUAGGCUUUACAUGUAUCCCAAAAUGUAUCUUCCGCGCAUCGAGCGUAUCGUAAUAUAUAAUAAUAUUGACAAAAUCUAAAAACGCCAGUGUCAGUUUUUCCACUUUAUAACAAUGCAUUUGUAGUUAACAUUCCCGUAUUCCCGGGCGUCUAAAUCUCUCAAAUUAAUAUUUCAAUAAUUCUAUCAACUCAAAUAUAUAUUUAUUGUUUAUAGUAGUUUUAUGUAUUUAUGUCUUUUGAUCUGUUUUAGGAGCAUUAUAGAUACGAUCAAUGUAAUGUAUACAAUAUGUACAAAGUAUUUAUUUAGGGGAGAGUCCAGCUACUCUUUGUUUUCAAUGUAUUAUGUUAGAGUUUAUCAUGAAAAAACAAGAAUAUAUUUUCAAGAAUUUCUAAGUCUGUAGUGCAUUUGUCGAGGGGUGUGAAAUAUUACCCCGCACAUUAUCAUUACAAUAUAGCCUACUUACUUUGUUACAAAUCAAUAUUAAUGCUAACAAAAGAUUAUCGAGGAAAAAUGUAUCCGUGAGUUGUAAAUUAAGAUACAGAUUUCUUUAGAGUACUUACAGUAAUCCUUAGUAUAUUAUAAACACAGACGCAACGCGGCGGUAGCUUAUCUUCAUAAAAGCCACUCUUGCCUAUUACAAGUUUUGCGCUCGUAAAACUUGUUGAUAUAAUUAAAUAUGCAAAUGCUAUUUUCUACGAAUUUGUAUCAUAGGAAAGCAUUAGGUGAUCAAUGUAAAAGACGUAUUUUGGGAAAAUAUAAUCUUGCUUUUAACAAUUAAUUGAGCUGUUUAGCGGUUUAAGUGAUUAUGAUAUAAUGUUAGGCUAUUUAAGUAAAUGUUUCUUAGUCACCCAACUUGUAUAGGAUGAGUAAUUUACUGACAAUAUUAUACGUUGUUUAGGUAGUAUGUAGGCACUGAAAGUUUAUGCCGUUGACUAAUGUAUUCAUGUACCUGUAAAUGAAUAAAGUGGUGCAGCAAAUAA